AUGGAUGAUUCUGGGGUUGUGGCAGAUAAAGUUAUUGCAGCCAAGUCGACUGUUUUUCAGCCCGACAUUUCAUCGAACAUUGGGGAUGCUGAAAAUACAAUUAAGGAAUAUAACCCGACUUCUGAACUGAAGGAGGAAGUUACCGAAAUGGACGAUUGUAGGUUUGUGGAAGAUAAAAUACACAAGAAAGAGGAAAAAAAAAGUUUUGUUCUUGGUUUUAAAAGGCGCACCUCGGCCGAAGGCGCAGCCAGGCAAUGGACUUUGCGCCCGCCUGGGUUGGGGCGAAGCGAGAUACGGGAGUGCCUUUUAAAACCAAGGUUUUGUUAUGGUGAGGAAGAGAAGGAGAGGUUCAAUAGAAUAUUGAAUCACUAUGUUGGGUCUCACAACUUCCAUAACUUCACUACAAGAAUGAAAGCCGAAGAUCCUGCUGCACAUCGAUAUAUUGUUUCAUUUCACGCAAACAAAGUUGUUACCGUUGAGGGCAUUGAUUUUGUGAAGUGUGAGGCUGUGGGUCAGAGCUUCAUGCUUCAUCAGAUUCGAAAGAUGAUCGGUGUGGCAGUUGCUAUCAUGAGGAAUUGCACUCCCGAGUCUCUGAUUAAAACUGCAUUGAGAAAGGCUGUACACAUCAACGUACCGACGGCACCCGAGGUUGGUUUGUACUUGGAUGAGUGCAUCUUUUCGUCUUAUAAUCAAAAAUGGAAAGAUACUCAUGAAGAGUUGUCUAUGAAAGCAUAUGCAGAAGAGGCAGAGGAAUUCAAAAUGAAGUUUAUAUACUCUCAUAUAUCCUCCACGGAGUGUGAGGAAGGAACCGUUGGCCUGUGGUUGCAUUCUCUAAACCACAGAAACUAUCCCGAUUUACGGGCCUGCAGCGGAGACACAAUCGAUGGGAAGAAGAGUCCAAAGGUUGGUGACGGUGCAGACACCAUGGAAUGCGGGUGAGAAAAGCGGAGACACUGCUGAGAUACAGACUGUGAAAGAGUAGAACAUUUAAGGUUGUUAAGUGUUUGGAAGGAAAUGACAGAUUCAUUUGGAUUGGAUACCACAUUCAUGGACAUGCAGCUAAUACUCAGAUGGUUAUUCUGGACAGCCAACCAA